CAGGACUUUUAUUUUGGUGUGGUGACAUGAUGUCAUAAGUCUGCGCCGUGCUCCUGCAUCUGAUUCUGCUGAAGAAAGAAAAACUCCUUCUGAAGCGACUGAGAGACGCACUAUUAUAAAGAUGGAGUUUAUUAAAGAGGAGAGAGAAGACAUGAAGAUUGAAGAAGCUUUCAGAGUCAAACAUGAAGAUACUGAGGAACAAACAGACCUGAUGCCACUGAAAGAGGAGAGUCAAGAACUGAAUGAAAUGGAAGAGAAAGAUGAUUUCAUGACUGGGGAAAAAUCUUUUACUUACUCGCCGACUCAAAAAACAGAAACCAGAAACCUUGAAUUCCAGAUGAGUGUUCACACUGGAGAGAAGCCUUAUGUCUGCCAACAGUGUGGAAAGAGUUUUAUUCAAAAAGACAGCCUUAAAGCCCACAUGAAAAUUCACAGUGGAAAGAAGCCUUACACCUGCAAACAGUGUGGGAAGUGUUUCUCACUAAAAGGAAACCUUAACAGUCACAUGACAAUCCAUGCUGGAGAGAAGUCGUUCGUCUGCUCUCAGUGUGGAAAGAGUUUCAAACAGAAAAAGUACCUUAAUGCCCACAUGACAAUUCACACUGGAGAGAAGCCUCACACCUGCAAACUGUGCGGGAAGAGCUUCACGCGAAAAGAAAAUCUUACAAUUCACAUGAGAAUUCACACUGGAGAAAAGCCUUACAUUUGCCAACAGUGUGGGAAGAGCUUUACACAAAAAGAAAGUUUUAAAAUUCACAUGAGAGUUCACACUGGAGAGAAGCCAUUCAUCUGCUCGCAAUGUGGAAAGAGUUUCAUUCAAAAAGACAGCCUUAAAGUCCACAUGAAAAUUCACAGUGGAAAGAAGCCUUACACCUGCAAACAGUGUGGGAAGUGUUUCUCACUAAAAGUAAACCUUAACAGUCACAUAAGAAUCCAUGCUGGAGAGAAGUCGUUCGUCUGCUCUCAGUGUGGAAAGAGUUUCAAACAGAAAAAGUACCUUAAUGCCCACAUGACAAUUCACAGUGGAGAGAAGCCUCACACCUGCAAACUGUGCGGGAAGAGCUUCACGCGAAAAGAAAAUCUUACAAUUCACAUGAGAAUUCACACUGGAGAGAAGCCUUACAUUUGCCAACAGUGUGGGAAGAGCUUUACACAAAAAGAAAAUCUUAAAAUUCACAUGAGAAUCCACACUGGAGAGAAGCCAUUCAUCUGCUCGCAGUGUGGGAAGAGUUUUAAACAGAAAAAGUACCUUAAUUCCCACAUGACAAUUCACACUGGAGAGAAACCGUUUGUUUGUGAUCAGUGUGAAAAGAGUUUCAGAUAUAAAGCGCACCUUGAUCUUCACAUGAGGAUUCACUCAGAAGAGAACUGUUUUAUAUGUCAUCAGUGUGGAAAGAGUUUCAUACACAGAUCAAACUUUGAGAAUCACUUAAGAAUUCACACUGGAGAGAAGCCGUUCACCUGCCCUCAGUGUGGAAAGAGCUUCAUGACGAAAGGAAACCUUAAGAUUCACAUGAGAGUUCACACUGGAGAGAAACCUUACAAGUGUCUUCAGUGUGAAAAGAGUUUCACAUAUCACACAAACAUGAAACGGCAUUUGCAAACUCAUUCUGGAAAGAAAUUCUAAACCUCAUGUCACACUGAGGAAAAUGGCAAUUUCAACAAUCAUCUGCAAAUUCACUCUGAAGAAAGACAAUUCAGUUGUGAUCAGUCUAAUUAAAACAUCACAUUAGUAUAUUCAUAUGAAAAAUCAUGUAAGUGUGAGAACCUGAUUGUGUUCUUUGUUAAGUCCUAUUCGGACAGGAUUAGUUUUACAUGGAGAGGUGGAAUAAAGAAAGUAUUACCAGAGCUUCUCAGUGAUUUUAGUCCCAUCUAAAUGUGCAAUGUCUGUAAAGAUUACAGCGACAUUCUCUACAAAGAUCAGGGAUCCCACACUUGGCCACAUGUCCUUUCCUUUCCUAAUCCUAGCUUUCCACGGUUUUUACAAGUAUGGAGGCACUUGAAAAAGCAUUCAGUUGCGUUCCAGGCAGUGGGACAAGUCUGUGGCAAACCUCGUGUUUUCAGCAUUCAGAUCAAUAAGGUGGUCAAAAGCACUUGUUAGAGGCACAAAAUUUCUUUUAGCUUUAGGUAAGUGCGUAUUACCGACAGCAUCCUGUCACGAAUCCGGUCUAUAAACUUCAGUGCACUCACCACCAGAGGUCACCCACUCUCCACAUG